AUGGGUUCUACCUUUCUCUCACCAGCGAGCGUCACAAAAGAACACGACUUAGCGUCAUUACACCUCAGUCGGGAUCAAUCUCUGCCAGUCAUACUCUCUACCCAAGCAGCGAAUGCUGCAGACGAAGGUUAUGCCGAAGGUGUCGUCACGAACACUCGCUUCGGAUCCUUCCCUCACUCAACCAUAAUUGGUGCACCAUGGGGCAGUCAAAUCCGCGCCAGCAUAGUCGACACCGGCUCACGCGGUCGUGGAGGGCCAAAGAAACGAAAGGCCGACGCGCUGGAAAAUGAAGACGGUGCAGGAACGAAAAAUGCCGUCGCUGCCAGUUCCGGAUUCGUCCACGUCUUACCUCCAACACCCGAGAAUUGGACCACGAGUCUACCUCACCGGACGCAAGUCGUGUACACGCCGGACUACAGCUACAUCCUGCAUAGGAUUCGGGCCCGACCCGGAUCAAGACUGAUUGAGGCAGGGAGCGGUAGUGGUAGCUUUACCCAUGCCGCCGCUCGAGCUGCUUUUGAUGGCUACCCGCAACAAGAUGCUCCAAAUGGCGACGAUGAAGGCGGCGAAGGGAACAGGUCCACAGGCCAAGUGUUCUCGUUCGAAUAUCACGCUGAGCGGCACGGAAAGGUGAAAGCCGAGAUGGCAGAGCAUGGCUUGGACACUGUUGUCUCUGCUUACCACCGAGACGUUUACAAAGACGGGUUCCUGGUAGGGGAUGAACAAGAGACCUCCCCUCGAGCAAAUGCUGUCUUUCUAGAUCUUCCUGCUCCGUGGGAAGCUUUACCACACUUGACACGGCAUGCUUCGAAUGGCACGCUCUCUUCACUCGAUCCCGAAUCCGCUGUGCACAUCUGCACAUUCAGUCCGUGCAUCGAACAAGCUCAGAAGACGGUCUCCGAGCUGCGCAGACACGACUGGCUCGAGAUCGAAACGGUCGAGAUGCAGCAUAAGCGAAUCGACAUACGACGGGAGUAUACCAGCCUGCAAUACGACGGACUGCGAGGGACGAACCCGUACGCAGUGGACGUCGAGGAAGCAGUCUCCAAGUUGCGCGAGGUCGAGCAAAGAGCGAGAGAUUUCCAUGCUGGCAUCCUAAGUGCAAAGGCUGCAAAAGCUAUCAACAAUCAACAGCGUGACAAGGCGGCAAGUUUGCCAUUCAACGGCGGCAAGCUUAUUCACCGAACCGAGCCGGACUUGAAAACUCACACCUCGUAUCUGGUCUUUGCGCUCCUGCCGAGAGCAUGGACGGAAGAGGAUGAAGCCGCCGCACAAGCCAAGUGGUCAAAGCAUGUCAAGAUCACGUCGAAUGUUCCGAAGAGUCAGCGCCAACUGAAAAAGGAGGCGAAGCAGAAAUCUAAAGGUGCAAACGGCGUCAAAGAGACGACAGAACUCGAGGGAAAAGGGCCGGUUACCGAAGGCGAGGCAGAGAAUGUUGCAUAA